AAUUUUUUCCAAGUAUUCAAUAUCUGAAUAUGGAAUUAAAAUAAUGGUAAAAUUUCGAAAUGGAACAUGUCUUCGCGAAUUAAAUCCACAAACACAAUCUGGAGGAGAACGUUCAGUUUCAACAAUGUUAUAUAUUAUGGCUUUACAAAAUUUAUGUUUUGUACCUUUUCGUUGUGUUGAUGAAAUAAAUCAAGGAAUGGAUCCAAAUAAUGAAAGAGCUGUUUUUAAUAUGAUGGUUAAAUUAUUGGAUAAUAAUGAAGGAGGAGGAGGAAAUAAUAAUAAAAAAACACAAUAUUUUUUGCUUACUCCAAAAUUACUUAAUGGACUUCUAUUUAAUGAACGUGUAACUGUUCAUGUUGUGCACAAUGGACCUGCUAUUGAAAAUCCUUUGGAUUGGGACCCACAACGCUUUUUACGAAGAUAAAAAAUUUUUUUCGACUUUUGAAAUUUCAGGCAAUAUUUUUAAUUUAUUUUUUUUUAAUUUAUUUUUUUUUUAAAUUUCAUUCAAUUAAAAAAUCUCGUCAAAUUUAAAAUUGAUUUAAUUUUAAAAAUGUAUGUACUAUUAAAUUUUAGAUUAAGGCCGCAACUUUUUUAGUAAAGUUUCCCCUAUUCCCCCCCCCCCCCCCUUUAAUGACAAGGGAUAAAAAUAAUUUUUAUGGGACAGGUUUUCUCUCAUUUUUUUAAAAAAAUUUAUAUUUUGUAGGUUGUGUUUUAUAAUUCUUUUUUUUUAAUUCUUUCUUUCUUGAAAAGAAAGAAUAAGGGAAUUUCAGGCGGGGUUACAUUUUUUGUUGUUGUUGUUGUUGAACACACUACAAAAUUUGUAGUGUGUUCUAUAAGAAUUCGAGGGGCGUUGUGUCU